AUGGCCGAGCACAACCCCUACGAUUCCGGCAAUCCCGACGGCCCGCCUCCCCCAUACGGCGGUCAUCCCUACGCUGCGCCCGGCUACGGCGCGCCUCCGCCCGGGUAUGGUGCUCCGCCUCCGCCCGGCUAUGGCGCCCCUCCCCCCGGCUACGGCGCUCCUCCGCCUGGGUACGGCGCGCCCCCCCCUUCCGCCAUGGUGCCCGCGGGGCCGUACUCCAUGGGGUAUCCGCCCGCCCCGCCCGGCCCCGACGGUGCUCCCCCCAAGGCGAGCGUGGCGGGCGACAAGUUCCUGUACGCGUCGUCCAAGUGGAACGACGUGUGGGCCGCCAUUCUCUUCAUCCUGCAAUUCCUGGCGGUGCUGGUGUUCUCGGUGGUGCUGGGCAUCAAGGGCGUGUCGUCCUCCUCAUCGCAGCCAGCACCAGGGCAGCCCAGCGUGCCCUACGCCUUCUCCGACUAUGCGCCGCAGUUCGCUGCUGCCGCCGCCACCGGGCUGAUCUUCGCGCUCGUGUGGCUGCAGCUCAUCAAGCUCAUGCCGCGGGUGAUGGUGCACAUAUCGCUGUGGUUUGGGUUUGUGGCGCCGGUGGCGGUGGCGAUAGUGGUGUUUGUGUACCGCACGGCGCCUGUGUGGGUGGGCGUGGUGCUGCUCCUCUCCUCGCUGCUGCAGCUGCUCUACAUCUGGCUCGUGCGACACAGGAUCCCGUUCUCGGCGACGAUUCUGAAGCAUGCGGUGCACGUGGUGAACGCGUUCCCGUCGGUCAUCUGGGUGGCGUACCUCUUCCUCUUCCUAAGCCUCGUCUGGACCGUCAUCUGGGUCGUCGGCGUCUCAGGCGCCAUGUCAUUGACCAACGCGUUUGCGGUGCUCAUCAUCCUCGUGCUCAGCAACUACUGGACCAUGGAGGUAUUGCGCAACGUGGUGCACACGGCAGUGGCGGGCACCACGGCCACGUACUACUUUCUGCGCCACAACAUGCCGCCCAACCCCACCGGCCUCGCGCUGCACCGCGCCGCCACCAAGAGCUUCGGCUCCAUCUGCUUCGGCUCUCUGCUCGUUGCGCUCAUCCAAACCAUCCGCUUCAUUGUGGCGGCGCUAGCGAACAACGACGACGGGGGCAACUUCAUAGCGUGCUGUGCGCAGUGCAUCCUGGCGUGCAUUGAGGCCAUCGUCGAGUUCUUCAACAAAUACGCCUACAUCCAGAUCGCAAUGUACGGCAAGACGUUCAUCCGAGCAUCCAAGGACACGUGGGAGCUGUUCAAGGCGCGCGGGGUGGACGUGCUGAUAAAUGACGAUCUCUCAGGGGGCGUGCUGGGGCUGGGCAUGUUCAUCGGGGGCGUCGUGGCCGCGCUCGUGGGUGGGCUGCUCUCGCUGCACAAGACCGUUGAGCUGCUCGCCGCCGUCUCCGUCGUCAGCUUCAUUAUUGGCCUCGUUCUGACGGGCAUGACGCUGACGGUGGUGGACAGUGCAGUGGGCACGUUCUACGUGUGCUACGCGGAGGACCCAGCCACGCUGCAGCAGAACGACCCUGUGCUCUACAACAAGGUGCAGGAGCGCGACAGGGAGAUCCGCGACCGCCGCACCCGCCAUGACGCCCAGGCCGCUGCUCGCCAGGCUUCCAGGUGA